ACCACUGCAUUGCGCGGCUUCCUGCAACGACACAGCCAUCUGCACCGCACUGGUGCAGCACGGUGCGGCCAUCUUUGCCACCACACUCAGCGACGGGGCCACUGCCAUUGAAAAGUGCGACCCUUACCGAGAGGGCUAUGCGGACUGUGCCACCUAUCUGGCAGACGUGGAGCAAAGCAUGGGGCUGAUGCACAGUGGGAUUGUGUAUGCGCUCUGGGACUACAGUGCGGAAUUCGGGGAUGAGCUGUCCUUCCGGGAGGGCGAGUCCGUCACCGUGCUUCGGAGGGACGGGCCAGAGGAGACCGACUGGUCUCUUCCCCAGAGUGAAAUCUCAGAGGAGCAAGAUCUAGCAGCUAUGAAGGAAGAUCGUCAAGGACAAAAGAGCAAACCCGCCUGCCUUCCACCCGGACCUUCCCAGUGCAGCUACUGCUGAGUUUACCUGCGCCCUGCUCUCCAGAGGGGGGCAGCCUGCACCAGAAGUUCUCCUUGUUCCAGAGGCUCGAGGGAGGGCAGCCCCAGACUUAAGAUUAGGAAGUCGCCUUAGGCAUUGGGGUGAAGUGGGGUGAGGGGCUUUGUGGGCAGGAGACCCCCCCCCACACACACACACACACACAGACUUGCCAAAUCAGACCUGGUUCAAAGAGCCUCCUAACUGCCAGCAAGCCACUGAGCUGUGGCAGCUGAGCCUGGGAGGGUGACCCACCCCUUCAUUUCUCUCUGAGUCCUUUCUGCCUCCAAUCUUCCCAGCAGCCCCCGUUUCUCCCAGCAGCCUUGGGGCUCGGGUGGGGCGCAUGGCUCCUCAGUUGGAUGUCUGCUCCGCCUGCCCAACCAAGUGCCUUCACACCCAUGUGGCUUAAUGUUUGCAAUGACACCGGGAACUGUUUCCUUUAUGAAUAAAGGUAGUUUGCACAGAA